AUGGCGGCACACAGUCAGUCGUCCCUUCGAUCCUGUGCUUUCUUUGUCUUCUGUAUUGCACUGGCUCUUUUCCAGCUGCCCCUCGCUUUGUGUGGUCCCAUCCACAUUCGGGACGAUUCGCCACGCGCCGCCUUGGUGUCCCUUGUGUCGGAACAGCAAAGGGAACAGAUGGUAGCCUCCGUUGCACAGCUCGAGCAGCGAUUCAACCACAAGUACCGCUACGACUGGGUAUUCUUCAGCCAUCAGGAACUCAGUGAAGAGUUCAAGGAUGCUACCUCCAACGCCACUGCCUCGACUGUUACCUACAACCUGAUCCCUCAGCAACACUGGACAAUCCCAAGCUCUGUUGACCCCGGUCGCUUUGAGGCUGGUCUGCGUCGCUGGUCUGCUGGCCUCUUUGCACGAGAGAAACGUCUACAGGCCUACGAGUGGUUCUGGAUGAUCGAGCCUGGUACCAAGUUUCUCUGUGACAUUACGGUCGAUGUAUUUCGUCUCAUGCGGGAUCGGGGAAUCUCCUAUGGAGUCAAUGAAAUCUCUUUCGAGGGCGCCGCCGACUCCGAGCUCCUCUGGCAAAGCACCAAGUCCUUCAUGGAUAAGCAUCCCGAUCUGGUCCGACCUACAGCCGAUAUCACCUGGAUCCUAGGUGACAUUGCCAAGCCGAACAAGCCAACUCGUUCAUCAGACUACUACGUGGAUGAUGGAACUGACUAUACGGAGAGCGUCGACCUGGACUUGCAAACUGGAAAUUGCAGGACCAGUGGACAAGAGACUGAGGGUGGGAUGCCUCCCGGUACUUGCCUUGAAGCUGAUCCUCAGCAGUGCGAGCCAAACACGGUUGCCGAUGCCUUUACAACUCGACUUGCUGCUAGAUACGACCAGUGCAACAUGGAUACUCCCAUCGAGAUUGGCAGCCUCAACCACUUCCGCGGACCUGAGCACAGCUCGUACUUCGACUAUCUCGACAACGCCGGUGACUUCUACUAUGGCAACACCGGCAACGUUCCUGUUCACUCCCUGAGUGCCAGCAUGUUUCUUCCACGCGACAAGUUCUGGCUCCUCGGCGACAUGGUAUGCGAGAUGCAUGGUCUACACAGCUGCCCUCCAAUGCCGCACCCGACCUCCGACCUGCAGACCGGAAAUAACCCGAACUUCUUCGCUGAUAUCAUUGGUACCUCUUGGUUCGGCGCCUGCGAGGACAACCAAGUCUUGCUCAUCCAUCGCGUCUGGGAGAAGAUGGCGUCCGAGAUGGCCCGCCAAAACGGUAUUCCAGCUGCUCAGCUCGGCCACACCGCCCUCGACGAGCGCAACUUCAAGCUCUACAUGCCGGAGAGAUAUCCUGUCGAUGUUACACUGACCUGGUAUUCGCUGGAGGACAGCUGGCGUUCCUGGUCUUGUGACCGCCUCAAGUGGUUCCUUGGGGUCUUGGGAUGGUAA